AUGAUGGUGGCCAACAACGCAUCACACCUCUCCUCUGACUGUGGCCCUUUCAGCCUUGUGACUGUAAAUGUGGUGUUCUCAUAUCUUGUCUUCUUCGUGUUCCCCAUUGCAUUACUGCUCAACGGGAUUGCAGUAUGGGUGUCUUUACACCUCCGCUCCACCUGCUCCUUCAUUGUGUAUCUUAAAAACCUUGUGGCUUCUGACCUGCUCAUGACUCUGACACUCCCGCUGAUGGCAGCUAGCAUGCUCCCUGAAGCAGCAUUUGAGUUAAAGGCGUUUGCCUGCCGUUACUCUAAUGUAAUUUUUUUCUGUUCUUUGUACACAAGCAUUACUUUAAUGGGUCUUAUCAGCCUGGACCGAUUCUUCAAAAUUGUUAGACCAUGUGGAAAAGUGCUCGGACAAAAUGUGGUGUUCAGUCUUGUAAUGUCCACCAUGGUUUGGGUGAUAAUAUUUGGCAGCACAGCGAUCCCAACCAUCGUUCUAACUAACCAGAAUCCUGUUAAUAUAACAGGAGAUUUCUGUAUGUCCCUGAAAAGCCCAGCUGGUGUGACACUUCACAAGUAUGUGGUUUUAUUUAUGGAGGCUCUUUUCUGGCUCAUCAGCAUGCUGAUUGUGUUUUGCUACAUCUGCAUCACCCUGAAAGUCCUGCAGUCCUUCAGGAACUCUGGGAGCAACAACAGCCAAGGAAAGAAGAAAACCAAACUACGAGUCUUCUUGAUCCUCCUAGUGUUUAGUGUGUGUUUUGUUCCUCUCCAUGUGAUGCGUAUUCCUUUCACACUACUUGAAAUCUUUAGCGCCAGUGUCUGCGCUCAGAUGUGGAUGGUGGUAAUUCAUAAAGUAGCCCUGUGGGUCUCUACCACAAAUGCCUGUCUGGACCCUUUUCUCUACAUCUAUCUGUGUAGGGAGUACAGAGACAAACUGGUUGACAUGAUGAAAGCCAGAGGGGUCUGUGUUUGGCUAUAUUCAGGUGAAAAUGAGGGUGUUUCACAAUAA